AGCAACUCCUCUCCUCCACCGCCAAGGCCUGCAAUGGCAGCUUCACUCUCUCUCCACCCUCCUUCCAUCCUUCGCCAUUCUACCUCAUCCCCGCAAAGCCUCGGCUUCUCUGGCCGCCAACGAGCCGCCUCUCUCUUCAGGCUGAAGGCAAAUGAGAUCAACGGAGGGAGAGUGAGGGCCAUGGCUACGUAUUAUAAGGUGACUCUUAUCACACCUGAGCAGACUGUGGAGAUUGAGUGUCCAAACGAUGUGUAUAUUCUGGAUAGGGCAGAAGAGGUGGGGAUAGACUUGCCAUACUCCUGUCGAGCUGGUGCGUGCUCUUCCUGUGCUGGGAAGUUGGUUGAGGGUAAGGUUGAUCAGUCUGAUGUUAGUUUUCUCGAUGAUGAUCAGAUGAGUGAGGGAUGGGUGCUUACUUGCCUUGCUUUUCCCAAGUCUGAUGUUACCAUUAAGACUCACAUGGAGGAAGAGCUUAAUUAACUAUUCUUGAAUGCUUGCAAGUUGGUAGGACACAGAGGCUACUAGCUUGAAGAAAUGUUCUGGUGUGGGAGUGGUGGAGGAGGAGAGGAAGAAGAAGAUGAUGAUGUUUGUAUGGGGCAUUUAAUUAAUAAUGGUAACUCUGUUGAUUUUGUCUUUGAGUGCUUUUUAUGUGCAUUAAUGUUAAUCGGCAGUUAUGAUUUUUAUGUUAAGUAAGGUAGAAAUAAAACGUUAA